GAGAAAUGUGAUGCAUGUUGCAAUACUCAAAGGGAUAUUUUGAGUGACAAAACAAAAGCUAUAGAGAACGGGAGAAAAUUUAACACUAUGAGAGUCAAAGAAGAAUCUAAUCAAACAGACGAAGAUGCUCUGAACACAAGGAAUUCUAAAUCAGAUACAGUAAACAAGACGGAUCCGGAAGUAACUGCUAUGGGCGCUUCCAAAGGAGACGUGCUCAAAGAAGGUAGUGACAAGCUCAAGAAAGAAUCUACAGCAUGUUGUGAUUGCAGGGAAGGUGAAAAUAAGUGUAUCGUGUGUACAUGUACUAAGCACGACUCAAAGAAUAAAAAGUUACGAAAAGUUAUUCACAAGUAUUUCUCGAGCGAUACCUAUAGCGACGAAUCUAUUACUUCUACAACGGAAACGCAUGCAAGCUCCAUAAUAUACAACCUAACCUCCUUCAAUAAAAGGGCUAAACAUAGACAAUCCAGUAUCGCACAACCAAACUCCAAAGCGAUACAAACCAUAGAGUCACCUAGGCGUGUGCGUGACGUCAGCACUAAUACUAAAGACUGGUGGAGCCCGCUAGCGGAAAGAAAGCAACAUUGCAAAACGCCUUACCGUCAAAGCGGAAAAAGAGUGGAAAUAGAAAAGAAGGAGAUAGUGAAAGUGAACAGAAUGAGACGGAGAACAGACAGAGCCAACGAAAAUGAUAGAAGAAUUGUGACAUUCAGAAGUAGAGCGCAGAUUAUUCCAAAUGAAGAUAUCAUGUCGCCAUAUCGAUAUUUACUGGAGUCACAGAGGCAUUACAACGAGCUGUAUACAUCGAAUAAUCACUUCACACAUAAUGGACCGUUUCAGCAGAGAUAUAUAGUUGGACAUGGACAGCAAAAUGUAUCAUCAUCGGCUGGAAAUCAUCAACACAAACUAAGAAGUCACAAGACAAAAAGACUUGGUGAAUGUUAUUCGCCUAGAAAACAGCACCCUGUAUACGAAUGGGUCAAACGAGGUGAAGAUUCGACGAAUGUACAUAAAAAGAUCCAAAGGUCCAGUUUGAAAUCCAACAGCACAAAGAAACCUGUGAAACGCCAGCAGCAUAGUUACAUGGACAAAUGCCGUUUUAAAAACGUAAUCGCAAGAAGAGUAAGCACAGUUUCAAAUGACAAUAUAAGCUUGGCCGCGAUCUGUAAUUCCAUGAGCAGUUUUGUUUGAAUGGUCCGUUCGAUAAAUUUUGUGUUUUGUUAUAACUUUGUAUGUUAAUUUGUGAAAAAAUUGUUUGGAAAUACUGUAACAGCUGAUACUGUUUAAAUUAAAAUCGUAAAUUAAGAAAAUUAAUCGUAAUCGUGUUCCGCCCCAGAUUUAGGGACCUUUAUUUUUAUUACUCCUUAGUUGUCCUAUUGCUCCCACACUUCCAAAUCCGGCCCUGUUCAUACGAUUACGAAGCGUUUAUAUUAUAUAAAUUGAGUAAUGACGUUAUAAGUUGAUAGUAAAAGAUUUAAAGAAAAUAUUUUGUAUUAUUAUUUUUAGCGCUUUUAAAUAAAAGCUAGUUUUUAAAAAGUUUUUUUAGUAGCAUACCGUAGUCAUGCCAAAGCAUGGUACUCAUAGAUCCACAUCUUCUGAGU